CCACUAAGCUAAAUCGGGUUCUUCAAGAUCCAUACAGACACACAGACAAGUACACUCGCCCGUUUUCUUUAACCAACAACACAUAAGGAGAGAUCUCAUCAUCCAUCAUCAGAAAGAAAUUUAGUCAGAUUUCGAUGAUCAUUUUCAAAGGAAAUUAAGUAAAGAAUCUGAUUCUAGGUUUUACAAGAAGCCAUGGAUAAGUCAGGUGCUCUGGAGUACAUCAACCAGAUGUUCCCUACAGAAGCAUCUUUACCUGGAGUGGAGCCACUUAUUCAAAAGAUUCAGAGUGAGAUUGCUCGUGUUGAUGCAGGGAUACUGACUGCAGUUCGCCAACAGAGUAAUUCUGGUACUAAAGCCAAAGAAGAUCUUGCUGCAGCUACAAGUGCUGUUCAGGAACUCAUGCAUAAGAUCCGGGAAAUAAAAACCAAGGCCGAGCAAAGUGAAACCAUGGUUCAAGAAAUUUGUCGUGACAUCAAAAAGCUGGAUUUUGCAAAGAAGCACAUAACAACUACAAUCACUGCUCUUCAUCGACUUACAAUGCUCGUCUCAGCUGUUGAGCAACUUCAAGUAAUGGCUUCAAAGCGCCAAUAUAAGGAAGCAGCGGCUCAGUUGGAGGCGGUAAACCAGUUAUGCAGUCAUUUUGAGGCCUAUAGAGACGUUCCAAAGAUUAAUGAGCUUAGAGAGAAGUUUAAAAACAUCAAGCAAAUACUCAAAUCUCAUGUAUUCUCAGAUUUCUCAAGCUUAGGUACAGGGAAAGAGACAGAGGAAGCCAAUUUAUUGCAACAAUUAUCUGAUGCUUGCUUAGUUGUUGAUGCUUUGGAGCCUUCUGUGAGAGAAGAGUUGGUGAAAAACUUCUGCAGUAGGGAGCUUACUUCAUACCGUCAGAUCUUUGAAGGAGCUGAGUUGGCCAAGUUGGAUAAAGCUGAACGGAGAUAUGCAUGGAUCAAAAGGCGUUUGCGAACGAAUGACGAAAUUUGGAAGAUCUUUCCUUCUUCUUGGCAUGUUGCGUAUUUGCUUUGUAUCCAGUUUUGUAAAUUGACAAGAACACAACUUGAGGAUAUACUUGAUAAUCUGAAAGAAAAGCCUGAUGUUGGAACUCUGUUAUUGGCAUUACAAAGAACGAUUGAGUUUGAGGACGAGUUGGCUGAAAAAUUCAGCGGAGGCACUUGGAAUAGGGAAGCUGGGAAUGAUGUUGAGGAUGUAAAUAAAGGGGAGAGUAAUAACCAAGCUGUAAUAGACAUUCGAAAGAAGUACGAAAAGAAACUUGCUUCGCAUCAAGGAAGUGGCUCAGAGGAAAAGGAUGGCCAUAAAGACUUGUCAGUUCCUGGAGCUGGAUUCAACUUCCGAGGGAUUAUCUCAUCUUGUUUUGAACCUCACCUGAUUGGAUACGUUGAACUGGAGGAGAAAACACUAAUGGAGACCCUGGAAAAACUUGUUCAGGAUGAAACCUGGGAUACAGAGGAGGGAAGUCAGACAAAUAUUUUAUCAAGUAGCAUGCAGGUGUUUCUGAUAAUCAGGAGAAGCUUGAAGAGAUGCAGUGCAUUGACGAAGAACCAAACGCUGUUUAAUCUGUUUAAGGUGUUUCAAAGAAUUCUUAGAACAUAUGCUUCUAAACUUUUCGCAAGAUUACCAAAAGGUGGAGUGGGGAUAGUUGCAGCCGCUACUGGUACCGAUGGGCAGAUCAAGACUUCUGACAGGGACGAAAGGGUGAUAUGUUAUAUAGUGAAUACUGCAGAAUAUUGCCAUAAAACGUCUGGUGAACUAGCUGAAAACGUGGCAAAAAUCAUUGAUUCCCAGUAUGCAGAUAAAGUGGAUAUGUCGGAUGUGCAGGGUGAAUUCUCAACAGUAAUAACUAGAGCGUUGGUGACACUAGUGCAAGGUUUAGAAACCAAAUUUGAUGCUGAAAUGGCUGCGAUGACACGUGUUCCAUGGGGUACACUUGAAAGUGUUGGCGACCAGUCAGAGUAUGUCAAUAGCAUAAAUUUGAUUCUUAAUAGCAGCAUUCCUGUGCUCGGAAGUUUGUUAACUCCCAUUUACUUCCAGUUUUUCUUAGACAAGCUUGCAGCUUCUUUGGGUCCACGCUUCUACCUCAACAUUUACAAGUGCAAACACAUAUCGGAGACCGGAGCACAGCAGAUGCUGCUGGAUACUCAGGCUGUAAAGACGAUACUUUUGGAUAUCCCUUCUUUGGGAAGAACAACAUCAAGUGCCUCUAGCUACUUAAAAUUCGUCAGUCGUGAGAUGAGCAAAGCUGAAGCACUGUUGAAGGUUAUUCUAUCUCCUGUUGAUUCUGUCAGCGAUACUUACAGAGCUCUGCUUCCAGAGGGAACACCUUCGGAAUUUCAACGAAUUCUGGAGCUUAAGGGCCUAAAGAAAGCAGAUCAACAGAGCAUACUGGACGACUUCAAUAAGAACAGAUCCGGGGUUACCCAACCAUCUGUAGUUGUUCAGUCAGCUGUGCCGGCAGCACCGACAUCCCCUGCUGUUGUUGCUGCAGCUGGUAGUGCAAUCUCAACCAUGGGUAUUGCUUCUCGUGAGGAUGUGUUAACUCGAGCUGCUGCACUUGGAAGAGGUGCUGCAACAACUGGGUUCAAAAGAUUCAUUGCCCUAACAGAGGCAGCCAAGGAUAGGAAAGAUGGGCCUUUCCGCAAGCUUUUUAGUCCGUGAAAAGAAGUGUUGUCAUAUUGUGUAGAGUUUAUAUUGAAUUUGUUACUGAGGGUUAAACUCAUUUUUGAAAGUUAAUUCAGAUUUACAUCUUUUACAUGUACCUACGUGUAUAACAAAUAGGGUUAAAACUCCAAAAAGCCGUAUAAAUGUACUGUCAAAAACAAGAAAAGCAGGGGAAGUGUAUUACAUGAAUCUUAGUAGGAUAGAUAGCUCUAGGCUGAGAUUAAGACUGUUAACUUUACUUCUUCUAUUUCUGAGGUCAAAAUAGCACGACGGAUUCUUAUUCUACUUGAUCAGAA